AUGUUUCCCGGCAGUUCCGAAAUAAUCCCUAUACCAGUCGGCGCGCUAAAGGAAUAUGAGCAUCUUACAGCUGACCGAGAUGCAAGCGGGCUUUAUGCCGGAACGGUGGGUUUCGACUCCGUCCCAGGAGAGACGUCUGCUGCGCAUAUUCUACCGCGCCAGGGACGCCCUGACGCUUUUGAUUGCGACUUGGGAAAGGAGACUUUAUUAUUAGGAGAGAUUCGUUAUACAUAUGCGAGCACGGUGAGCUUCGCGCAGUUGGUUGUCAUCGAUGUAACUUGGUGUCAGACGCUGACUAUAAAGUAUCCGGAGCGACGGAAAGGCCGCUAUGGGUUGCUUGCGGAGCUUGCGGAAGAGGCAGGCAUAGGGUGCUGGUCUGUUGCCUUCAUUGCCUUUGCUGUUGUGUAA